GCCCACGUGUGUGCGCAUGCCCAGUUGCGGAUGGGGGCAGGCAGCGAUGGUGGAGCGAGGCUGAUGGCGGCGCAGGCGGCGCUGCGCUGAGGACGCCCCGGGAGCCCGUCCCCAUCCCGCCUCGGCCUCGCCAUGGGCAACGAGGCCAGCCUGGAGGGCGGGGGAGGCGAGGGGCAGCCCCAACAGCAGCAACUACCCCAUGGCCCCGCCGCCGGCCCCUCCGCGCCGCCGGGGAGCGCCAAGCCUCCUACUUCAGCACCAGGAGGCGGCGGACAGCUCCCAGCGGGCAGGGCUCCAGCCGCCGCUCCAGCGCCGGGCCCCGCGUUGCCGCACGGACCCUCCGCCAGCACACCAAGAAGACCAGAUCAAUCAGACCCCUCCUUUGGACAAAGAGCAGCUUCUCCAUCCCUGAAGCAGGCUUCUCAGACCAGUGAAAGCACAAGAGAGAUAAGGAGCCAUGGCCAGACUCCCCAACAGGCUGAUGGGCCCAGAAGGACUCUCCAAGUGGACAGCCGGGACCAGAGACCAGGGCGUUCACCAUCUGCAUCACCCGAUCGAGGCAGCACCCCUACCUCACCGUAUUCUGUCCCGCAGAUUGCACCCCUUCCCAGUAGCACUCUGUGUCCUAUAUGCAAGACAACAGAACUCAUCUCCUCUCCUAACCAGCCAAACUUCAACACCUGUACACAGUGUCACAACAAGGUCUGCAAUCAAUGUGGAUUCAACCCCAAUCCCCAUUUGACUGAGGUUCAAGAAUGGUUAUGUUUAAAUUGCCAGAUGCAAAGAGCUUUGGGGAUGGACAUGACCACAGCUCCCCGCUCCAAAAGCCAGCAGCAGCUACAUUCCCCUUCACUUUCCCCAUCUCAUUCCCCAGCCAAACAGCCACCACCACAGCCGCAAGCAGCAAUAGGACCAGAGAAACAACCAGGAACUAUGCAGCCAGGCCUCAGGCCAGGUGCUGGUGCUGUGCAGCCGGAAACUCCCAAACCACCCCCAGCUUCAGCACAGAGGGAACCACACAGCCAAGUCCAGCCAAAACCUGCUGCUCCUCAGGAAGUGGUGAGGUCUUCUCCUCAGCAUCAGCAAGCAAAGCCUUCAUCCACUGAUCAGAGAAAGACUGUGGGAGAUUCCCCAGCUAAAACUCCAGCCCCACCUCCUGGCACUGGGGCACCAGAGCAACCCCAAGAGGGCCUCACUGGAAAGCUCUUUGGAUUUGGGGCUUCUCUCUUGACCCAAGCAAGCACACUUAUGUCUGUCCAGCCAGAGGCCACCCCACCGAGUCAGCAAUCCCCUGGCAAAGUGCCUCCAAAAAUUGUCUUCAGUGAUGGCAGCAAAGAAGCUGGCACAAAAGCCCCAGGCACUGCACCUGGAACGCAGGGUAAGGCUGGAACUAUCCCAGCAGCAAAGCCAGUGAAAGCAGAACAAGUAAUCAAGCCAAAGGAAGUGCCGAAAGAAAGGGUCUUAUGCCCCCUCUGCAAAGUGCAGCUCAAUGUGGGCUCUGGGGAACCUUCCAACUAUAAUAAUUGUACAUCCUGUAAGCAGCGGGUCUGCAACAUGUGUGGAUUCAAUCCAACACCUCAUCUGGUGGAGAAAAACGAAUGGCUGUGUUUGAACUGCCAAACUCAGAGGCUGCUAGAAGGAAGCCUAGGAGACCCUGCUCCGAUGCCACUGCCUACUCCAAAGCAACAGCCAACUGGAUCCCCUCGACACCAACCUGGAGGAACUGGCCAGCAACAGAGAGGACCCCUUCCGCAUGUAACACCCCAACACCCACCACCAUCAACUCUUCAAGACAGGCUGCCUUCACACCUCAGGACUUCAGAACAGAGCAAAGUACCAAACACUGUUCCAGAGAAAAGGCCUCCUGCUCUAUCAGAAGAAAAGCCACUGCCCAAACUACCCGAAGAGCCUCCAAAAGCUUCUGAAGGUCCAUUGCCAAAGGGGAAAAGUAUGGUCACAAAACCAGAUACAGAUUUCAAAGACAGCACGAUUAUAUCUGAGUCUCAGAAAAGCAGAGAACAGGAGGAUUCCAGUAAGCCUUAUCCCUCAGACCUGUCCCGUAGUCCCCAAAGCUUGAGUGACACUGGCUAUUCAUCCGAUGGGAUCUCUAGCUCCCAGAGUGAGAUCACAGGCUUGGUGCAGCAAGAAGGAGAGCAGUUAAAUGAAACAGGAAUUGCAGAGCCCAGUCCUCCAAGUCCUUCUGAACUCACUAAGCUGGAAAGCAGCAUGCGUCCUCUACUGGAGUCAAAGGGCUUGACCCAAGAGCCAACUGACAGGGGGAAAUCAUACCAUGAGUUACGGGAGGAACAGAAACAGAGACAGAGGCCUCGGUCUCUUUCUAUCACCCCAGAAGCCUUUGAUUCAGAUGAGGAACUAGAAGACAUCAUGGAAGAAGAUGAAGACUCUAUAGAAUGGGAGAACCAGAGAGAACAGAGGGAUAGCAUGGAGUCUUCAGAUGAAUUUGGCAGCAAGUUACGUCAUGACUAUGUCGAAGACAGCAGUGAAGGAGGGUUCUCGCCCUUGCCAACUAGGCAGAAAGUCAAGCAGCCUCAGAUGACUGAUGAAGAGUUCAUGAGGAGGCAGCUCCUGGAGAUGAGUGCAGAAGAAGAUAAUCUGGAAGAGGAGGAAGAGGAAGAAUAUGACCGUGAAAAAUACAGCAUUAUAAAAAAUGGACAUAAGCCAGACUCUGAAAAAAUCUCAUCCAAGAGGCGCCUUCCUCACAGCUCUGGCAGUAUAUAUGAGGAGGAAAGAAAAGAGCUUGAAAGUACUGAGAGUGAUGACGUGACUGCCUCUCAGGGAGGUUUGCGCCGUUUCAAGACCAUUGAAUUAAACAGCACCAACAACUAUGGCAGAGACAUGGAGAUUAGCCAGGAGGCAGACAUCAGCCUGGAUAGAGAACCUGAACUGGAGAUGGAGAGCCUAACAGGAUCCCCAGAAGACAGAUCCAGGGGGGAAUAUUCCUCCACCUUGCCAGCAACAACUCCCAGCUACACAUCAGGCACCUCUCCCACCUCUAUCUCUUCCCUGGAAGAGGAUAGUGAUAGCAGCCCAAGCCGUAGGCAGAGGCUAGAAGAAGUUAAGCAGCAGAGGAAAGCCCGGCAUCGCUCCCAUGGGCCUCUACUGCCAACCAUAGAAGAUUCUUCUGAGGAAGAGGAGCUGCGUGAGGAGGAGGAGCUUUUGAGAGAGCAGGAAAAAAUGCGAGAGGUGGAACAGCAGCGAAUCAGAAGUACUGCACGCAAAACGAAACGAGACAAAGAAGAGCUGAGGGCUCAGAGGAGGAGAGAGAGAUCAAAAACACCACCCAGCAAUCUGUCUCCUAUUGAAGAUGCUUCACCCACUGAGGAGCUAAGGCAGGCUGCCGAGAUGGAAGAGUUGCACAGAUCUUCCUGUUCAGAAUACUCGCCCUCCAUUGAUUCAGAAGCAGAAGGAUUUGAUGUCAUUGCUUCCAAGUUGUACAAAUCUGGCAGUGAGUACAAUCUUCCAACAUUUAUGUCCCUCUAUUCACCAACAGAAAAAACUGCUAGCUCUGCUUAUCCAUCCAGCAAGCCCCUGAAGAGUGCAGAAGAAGCGUAUGAAGAGAUGAUGAGGAAGGCAGAAAUGUUCCAAAAACAGCAACCAUCCCAACAAAGUAUCUCCUACAGCAGCACUUUCCAGCAAGUAGGUUAUCGUAGUUCAGAUAGUCAGAAUAAUUUUGACUACCAGUACAUAGAUGAUUACGGCUAUGAUAAUCGGGGCAUGGAUUCUUCUCAGUCUGAUUACCAGAAUGAGCUUUCCAAAUCUGGAGCAGUUUAUGAAGAAAUCCUUCAGACAUCACAGAAUAUUUCUAGGAUGCAUCAGUCCUCUUCUCUGGAUCUGACUCUUGAACAGGAAGUAAAGAAGAAAGGGAGGGAAGACCUAUAUCAAGAGAAACAGUUUCUGAAUGCAGAGAGUGCUUAUGAAAGUGGCCCACUCACUCCUGGGACGAGUCCUACACAGCUGUCUGCUCCUGUCUCUUUUUCCUCCACUGAAAGCACCACAGGCAGAAUAAUUCCUGAUGUAAGAGUCACUCAGCAUUUUGCAAAAGAGAGUCAGGAGCAUUCAAAGCUUCCUAGUUCUGCUACUGCACCUAGCUCUGUUUCAAAGAGUGUAACAACACCUUAUUCAUAUGCAAAAUGCUCGAGCACAGUCACUACUGUUGUAUCUAGUCCAGCAAGCGCACCACGGAUGUACAGUACUUCAUCUCUGAGUGGUUCGGAUGCACCCUCUGUGUCCACCACUAGCCGAAGUUAUAGUCAAACAAAAAUGACAGCAAAUUAUGGCUCUCAAACAGAAAACAUUUCCAGGGUCAAAAAUAUGGCAGAGAUGAGUGGGUCAUCAGCAAGAGAGAAACUCCAGAGCAUGGCUGAGAGCAAAACAAAUGUACCUAUGUCUACACCUAAAAUGUAUUCUUUCUUCAAAAGCUCCAGCCCACCGCUUUCCCCUUCUUCUCCUACCCAAAGUCCCACCCAUUCUUCUCCAAGGAUUGGGAUGCCAACCAGUUCGGGUGUGGAAGCAAAAUCAACAGCUGAAUUUUCCACCCAAACACAUAGCACAAUUAUCUUCUAUGAUGUUCCAACUACUAGUGCUGCUGUAUCAACAUCUUCUCCAAUGGUAGCUCAAGGAACACAAACCCCUCACCGAUCAAGUUCCCCUCGCCUUGCCAGACAGCAGUCUUCACAAGAAUCCCCCUUUAUGGUCAUCACUUUAGCAUCCGAUGUAGCUAUUCAAACCAAGCCAAUUGGUUCUGGUUCUUCUGUUUCACCAGCCUCAUCACCAACUCAACCAAGUCGCCAGCAGACAGUGCACAGUUACAGCCAGACUGUAAUCAAUGCAGCACAACUCCAGCAAGAGCAGCUGCAGUCCACUUACACAAAGGCACAAACAGUACUAGAAAGAGCCUCUGCUUAUACUGCUGCAAUGCAGAAAGUGCAGAGCCCUGCUGCUGCAGCAGACAGCUUUCCUGGUACAUACAGCUGGGGAACCCUUCCUGCAGAGAAUAUUUCUUUGUGUAGAAUCUCCUCAAUACCUGGGACAUCCAGAGUAGAACCUGGACCUAGGCCACCAGGUAGUAACAUUGUAGACUUGAGAACUGCAAUAAAGUCAGCCCCAAUCAUCAUAACAGACCAGGGCAUGGAUCUCACAUCCUUAGCUACAGAGAGUAGGAAGUACUGCCUCACCAUGGACCAGUCUCCCGGUCGGCAGUCCACAGCCAUCCAGCCCUUAAUUAUCAAUCUCAAUGCUCAGGAACAACCCCAUGCUAUCAUAAGCACAGCCACUACGGUCAGUAUAACAGUCGCAUCUUCCAUGCUCGUGUCUCAACCAAAGCAGCCUGCCGUCUAUGGAGACCCUUUUCAGAACAGGAUGGACUUUGGCCAAGGGACAGGAAGCCCAGUCUGUCUGACACAGAUUAAACAGGUAGAGCAAGCGGUACAAACUGGCACCUUCAGAGGAGCUACAAGUGGUCCUGACAUGGCUGCUUCAGUGGGCCGGCCAGAAGCUGCAGGUCCACAGCAGGCCAAGUUUGCCAGGUAUAAUUUGCCCAACCAGAUGACAUCCUUAAUGAAAAAAGAUACUCUGAUCACUCAGACCACUAAUGCACAAAGUAUUAUCAGUGCCAUUCCCAGACAGUUUCCACAGGAUCAAAGUGCAGAAGUAUAUAGAGGGAUCCCAGUGGAAAUGAAGACUCCAGCACCUCCAGUCGCCCUCACAAGUAAGAAAUCCCAGGUGAUGAUGGUGCAAAUGGAGGAUAUAGCAGCAGGCCCCAUCACAAAACUGAUCAAAGAGGAACCUCCUCCCAAUGCCCUGGAUCUCACAGGGAUGAAGACUGAAAGUCAAGUGGCAUGCUGUGAUGUAGUGUACAAAUUUCCAUUUGCAGGAAGCUGCACUGGGGCUUUUAACCCUCCUUCCAAGGUGCCAGAGAAAAAUGUUGGGGACCCAGCUCAUGCUGGCAAACCCAGUGGCCCAUAUUAUGGAAAGAGAGAACAGGAGGUGUCAGAGGUAUAUCCUUAUAGAGAGCAAUCAGCACCAGGCCCUAAUCCUUAUGAAGAGCACAGGUUCUAUCCCCAUGGCCUGUUUGGGAGACUGUAUUCAUCCAUGUCAGAUACCAACCUUUCUGAAAUGGGUUUGAACUACUAUUCAGUUAAAGGAGAGCAGCCCUUCCACUCCCUUGCUGGAGAUUCUGCUGUAGAUUUGACAACCAUGAAACCUUCAUACAGCCACAGUUUUACUGAUGGAGGUUACAUAGGCCAUGGAUUGCAGUAUGGCUCUUUCUCUGAUCUCCGACAACCUAGUGAUUUGCUAAGCCAUUCAUACCCAAUGCGAAGGUACAGCUCAGCCUCAAAUAUCUACUCUGAUUACAGAUUUUCACCAAGAGGGGAUAUGGCAAAUUUCCAGGAAGCCAGUCUAGCUCAUUAUAGCGCUACUACAGCUCGGGAAAUCAGCCGCAUGUGUGCAGCACUCAACUCCAUGGACCAGUAUGGGGGUAGGCAUGCAAACAGCCCAGAUCUUCUCCAGUAUGGACAUGGAGGACUUGGUGCUGGACCAGGUGCGAGUGGCAGCAUGUCAACACAGCAGGGUGUCAUGAAAGCAAACAUGAUGUAUAACCCCAAUUUUCCAGAGAAUCGCCCAGGUUUUGGCAACUUACCCCAAUACAAUUUUACCAGACUUGGAGCUGUCAGGCAAGCACUCCCUUCCACAGCCACUGUGAGAGCUGCCGACGGCAUGAUUUAUUCUACCAUUAAUACGCCUAUAGCAUCUACUCUGCCCAUCACCACCCAGCCAGCUUCUGUACUGCGGCCCAUGCUUCGGGGUCUAUAUAGACCCUAUGGUCCAGGUAUCACAGCUGUCCCUCUGGCCAGUCUGACCAGAGUGCCUCUAGUUGCUCCAAGGAUGCCCCUUGCAACACAAGGCUUGUAUAGAUAUCCGGCACCCAGUAGGCUCCCAGCAGCUCCCACAUCAUCUGUAAUGGAAACACCAAUGUAUUUGGGAAAGCCUGGUAGUACCACUACAGCCAGCACUGCUGCCAGUAGUUUAAGCGCAGUGCCAGUUUCUAAGCCUUCAGCUCCCACUGCUGUUGGCUUGCCAAGGCAAGAACAGACAGGGACUGGCAUACGAGAGGAGACACCUGUAGCAACCUCAGGGGCACAGAGUACUAUCAGUCAGCCACAGCAGCAGCAGCAGCCGCAACAGCAGCAACAGCCUCCGCCACAAAUUCCAAUCCAAAAGCAGCAAGAAGCCCCACAGGCCAGUGCUGCAAGCAAAGGAGCUAUGGAAAAAGAGGAAAAAGAGAAGGAAGAAGAGAGACUAAGGAAGCAACAAGAACAUAUCCUGCAGAUGGAAAGGGAAAGAGUAGAGCUAGAGAAGCUGAGACAGAUGAGGCUGCAUGAGGAGCUGGAGAGAGAACGUGUUGAGCUGCAGAGACACAGAGAGAAGGAGCAACUUUUGAUGCACAGGGAGAUCCAGGAGUUACAGUCUAUCAAGCAUCAGGUCUUGCAACAGCAGCAGGAGGAACGCCAGGUCCAGUUCGUCCUGCAGCGGGAGCAACUGGCCCAGCAACGCUUGCAGUUGGAGCAAAUCCAGCAACUGCAGCAACAGCUGCAGCAGCAAUUGGAAGAACAAAAGAGGCAAAAGGGCCCCUUUCCUCCUCCAGUAUGUGACCCAGCAGGAAGGAUGCCUCCCCAGGUCACCUCAGAGAUGCCCGUAGAAAUGCAAAGGACCCUGGCCCAAAAUGGGCAAUACUGGCCACCUAUAAACCAAGCCUUCAUAGCAACUGCAGCCCCAGAUGGGCAAGCACAACCCCGUUAUACAGGGCUCCAGAGGCCUCUCACCAAUUCAGCCUCUGAAAUGUCUCUACAGACGGAGGAACAGUGGGAAACCAAUCGAGGGAUAAAGAAGAGGAAUUCCAUGCCACGCCUCCGGGAUGCCUAUGAUAAGGAGCCUGGUCAUGAGCCCUACAUUGUGAAGAAGAUCACGGACAGCAGUGUCCAGACUGAUGAGGAGGAUGGUGAGGAGCGUCUUUAUGCAAGCCGGCGACGCCGUACCCGCCGCAGCACAGACUGCAGUGUUCAGACAGAUGAGGAAGACAAUGGCGAGUGGGAACAGCCUGUGAGGCGCCGACGAUCCCGCUUUUCACGGCACUCUGAUUCAGGUGCAGAAAGCAAACAAGACUCAUCCUCCAAAGGCAUGGCCAGCAUAGCAAUCCAAACCAUCAGUGAUUGCUCAGUCCAGACAGAGCCUGACCAGCUACACAGAGUGUCCCCAUCCAUCCAUAUCACUACUCCUGACCCCAAGGUGGAAAUUGUGAAAUACAUCUCUGCCCCCGAGAAGACCCACCGAGGAGAAAGCCUGGCCUGUCAGACCGAGCCAGAGGUACAGCCCCAGCCGGGCAUUGUAGUCCCUCAGCUCACUGUGCCUACAACAAUUUCGCCUUACUCCUCCAACCUCCAGAUUGUAAGUACGGGGCCUCUGGAUCCCCAUUCAGUCCGACAGCAAGUCCUGGCAAAAAAAAAGCCUGACCCCCUUGAAAUCGGUUACCAGUCCCAUCUGCCUACAGAUUCCUUGUCUCAACUGGUGUCUCGUCAACCUCCCAAGUCACCCCAGGUGCUCUACUCUCCAGUCUCUCCCCUCUCUCCACAUCGGCUGUUGGAGUCAUCCUUCACAACCAGUGAAAGGCUCAACAAGGCCCAUGUGACCCCACAGAAGCACUUCAUGGCUGACUCCACCCAGCGCCAGCAUACUCUCCCUCGCCCCAUCAAAACCAUGCAGAGGUCCUUAUCUGAUCCCAAGCCCAUCAGCCCGACAUCAGAGGAAGCUGCGAAAGACAGGUUCUCUUUGUAUCAACACACACUGCUCCCCGGCAGCCAGAUUUCAACCCUGCAAUCUAACACUCUCAUGAGGAAAGUAAAGCGAACACUGCCCAGUCCCCCACCAGAAGAAGCUCAUCUCCCUCUGGCCAGCCAAGCUCACUCGCAGAUGUACAUGCCUGGCCUGCUGCAGAAGGGAUUGGGGGGGCAGCCUGUUCAAGUGACCAAGGCCAGCCUCCUCAGAGAACUUGACCGUGACUUGAAGCUGGUUGAGCAUGAGUCCACUAAACUGCGGAAAAAACAAGCCGAGCUGGAUGAGGAAGAGAAGGAGAUUGAUGCCAAGCUCAAGUAUCUGGAACUGGGGAUCCAUCACAGAAAGGAGUCUUUGCUGAAGGAUCGGAACGUCCGUGACUAUCCCUACCUAAGAUGCCUUGGAGAGAACAGGGACUACAUGUCUGACAGUGAGCUCAACAAUCUUCGCCUAUCUGGCUAUGAGAGCACCAGUCUCCUGACGAGGCCCAGCACUGCCCCUUCUAACCAAUAUGCAGAAUUCUCCAGUUCACAGUAUACAUCAGCCUCCUCCUACACCCCAUAUCAGUACUCCUCGGGUCAUGCUGCCCCACCAAGUGCAGCCACAUUCCAGCAAACAAGAUUUCAGCCUCCACAUUACCCCCCUGCAAGCACGGGCCCUGCUCAAAAUGGCUUCCAAGCAAGCCAGAUGCCUGCCUACCCCUCUCAAACUACUUACCAGACACACAGCUUCACUCCAAGCACCGGGUAUCAGUCUGAACUGGGCUUGCAGAGCCACCAAGCUUUUCGGCCACCUUAUCAAUCUCCCACCACAUAUCCCAGCCAAACUCCUAUGCAGCCUGCACAGAGCAGUCUUUACCAGACCCACACAGACACCCACACAACCUCCCAGAAACCACGGCAGACAUCAUUAGCUGACCUAGAACAAAAGAUCCCUACCAAUUAUGAAGUCAUCAGCAAUCCCACUGUGGUCAUCUCUGCUGCAACUCCAGAAGUGACAUAUAGCACCACAACAGUGACCAGCAGCUAUGACCAAUACAAGGCUCCAGAAGUAAGGCCAGCAGACAGGAGUGGUGCAGCACAAAGUCCCUCCACCAGCUAUUCCUCUGAUUCUCUCUACACAAAUCUAGAGCAGAACAUUCCUCGGAACUAUGUAAUGAUUGAUGACAUCAGUGAACUGACCAAAGAAAGCACUGCAGGAGAGAGCCAUAAAGGAGAUCUGCAGUCGCAGAGCAGCAAUGGACGACACAUCAAAGAAAAGAGUGACCUAACAGAUGCAGAUAUCUCCAGCAGGCCUUGCUGUUACUCGAAAGGAGAGGAAGAGUCUGAGGAGGACAUGUAUGACCAUCUAAGCUCUGAUCACCGGGGGAAGAGCUACCACAGGGGCACAGAGAACAAUGGGAGGAUGUCAGGUAGUUCUGGCUCAUAUUACUAUGGGGACAGUGAUUACAGGCAUCCCUCUCGUCAGGAUAAGCAUGGGUCCAGUAUGGGAAUACAGAAGCACUCUUCAAAAAAUCUGGCUCCAGCUGUCAUCUCUUCAAAACGCAGCAAGCAUCGGAAGCAAGGUAUGGAACAAAAGAUCUCCAAGUUUUCCCCUAUAGAGGAAGCCAAAGAUGUAGAAUCAGAUUUGGCCUCUUAUGCAGUGACCACAUCUGUCAGUAGCAGCAAUGUGGCAUCUAGAGCAAAGAAACUACAAGAUGACAUUACGUAUGGCCUCAAGAAAAAUGUUUAUGAACAGCAGAAAUAUUACAGUGUGUCCAGUAGGGAUAUGAUGGAAGAAGAUGAUAGAGCAUACAGUGGUGGCCGAUCCAGGUCUUCUGGCUAUGUGUCAGACAAAAUGUCAAGUCGUGAGAUUAGGAGCAGGUCCUAUGAGAGAGAGAGCAUGGAAAGGCCUCAGAAAGGAAGCUCCAAGCCCUCAUCCCUUAGUAUGAGCCAGAGUCGCGGGCGACCACCAAUUCGCACACAAACUUCAGAAGAAGAGAGUCCUAUUAGUCCUUUGGGGAAAUCCAUGGGUGUGUCACGGUCCUCAGGGGGACCUCUCCCUCAGUCUGCUGGAGACAGCUGCUCCCAGUUCUGCUCUAGUCAUUCAUUGCCUGAUGUACAAGAACAUAUCAAAGAUGUGCCAAGAACCCACUCUUACAAGCAUGAAGAAGGUUAUCUUAUGGAUGAUUCACAUUGUGUUGUUUCAGACAGUGAAGCCUAUCACUUGGGCCAGGAGGAGACAGACUGGUUUGAUAAGCCAAGAGAACCUCGCUCGGAGAGGAUGAGGCAUUAUGGUGGCCACUCCUCCUCCUCCCAGAAGAGAGGUCCAGUUAAGCACACCUAUCACGACUAUGAUGAACCUCCAGAUGAAGACAUGUGGCAUCAUGAUGACUACUCCCACCCACGUCACUCCUCUUCCAAAGAACAUAGGCAUCAUGGAGACUAUGGGAGGCAUUCAUCCUCCCGCCACUCCAGUGAUGAUCUGCCCAGGAGGUCAUCCAGGCAACAUCCCAGAGAUCCAGGCCGUCAUGAGUCACGUGGUCAUGGGCAGCCCUCUUCCCAGAAGAAAGCUCAGCAGGCGGACAUGAGAGCACAGCCAGGUUAUCCUUCCAGUUCCUCAGAGUACUCCCAGCAAACCCGGCAACCAUCUGGCUACCAUCCUACCUCAGAGUCCCAAAAAUCGCAGAGGCAGCAUGGGCCACCACCAUCUCACCAGCCAAAAUCAGAGUCUCUUUCCCACCAACAGCAGCAGCAGCAACCAAGGCAGCAACAAAUUGGGCAGCAGCAACCGCCAUCAACCAGGCAGCAGCAGCAGCAGCAGCAGCAAACAAGCAGACAGCCUCAACAGCAGCAGCAACAUCAGACAGGUCCUUCACAGCCGUCUUCUCAGCAGCAAUCCCAGCAAGCUAGGAUUCAGCAGCAGCAGCAGCAACCACCACCACAGCAGCAGCAGCAGCAGCAGCCAGGGACUCAAACCCAACCCUCCUCACGGCCAGCCCAACAACAGCCUGGCCAGCCCCAGCCAGGAGGCAAACCACAGUCAACCCUCCAAGCACAACCUGGCACUCACCAAACAGGACCACCUAAAGCAGAGCAUAUGGAUGCAUCUAAGCCUACCACAAAAGUGCCACAGGUGGGGAAAGCACCCCAAACGCAGCCACAAGGAAUAGCAGCCGGAGGUAUUAGAUUGGGUCCUAAACCAGCUGGAGCACCCACCUCUGCAGGCGCAGCAGCUGGGCAGCCAGGAGCCGAAGGUGAAAGUGUCUUCUCCAAAAUCCUGCCAGGAGGAGCAGCAGAACAAGCAGGCAAACUGACUGAAGCUGUGUCAGCUUUUGGCAAGAAAUUCACAUCAUUUUGGUGAGAAAACACCACUGGGAGUUUGAGAGAAUAGUGGAAAUCUCAUCAUUGCACUGGAAAAACCUAUGAAGAAUCCAUUGGAAUUCAGUCUGCUGCUCCAGACUCUGGGUAUAACACUUUUGAAACCAUGGAAAACAGUAGACUGCUGAAAGUGGAGAUGUAUAUGCAGAUGUCUGCCUGUGGAUCCUUAGGGCAUCUGAGUCAACUAUCAGAAGAGGCUUUCGAUGCCACUCAGUAUCAGCCCUCUGGUUCGUACUGUCUGAGCCCCAAAAGGUGGAGACAGGAUCUUAGCCUAAGAAGAUGUACAUAAGAGAUGUGUUUACAGACCAUGGAUGGGCCUUUUGCAACUUGUCACGCAGACUGGCCACUACCCUGAUGCUAGAGGCAAUGUCUGGCACUCCAGAGACUAUUCAUGGCUGUGGUUCCAUUUGUGCCUAGGAUCUAAUGCUGGGAGCCAUGGCCCUUUCUUGAGAUUAUACACAGAGUUUCACUUACUGAAUUUUAACUCUAGAAUCUUCAUAGGUUUUUCUCACUUUCCAAGAUAUGCUUGAGCUGAGGGCUGGGAGCUAGAUGCUCCAUUCUCCUUCACAUUCCAGUUUGCCCCGUCAAUCCCUCCACCUGCACAGUGUUUGUUCCCUCUCAUCAUCCCUGCCAGUGGAAAGCAUGGGACGAAGAGAACUCCGACUAGGACCUAACACUGUUUCACUACUGAGAUAAGAGGCCAUAGGACUCUGAAAGGCAGUGCGAACUGGCUGACUAUUGACUGAAGCAAAUGCUGGCCAGGCAUGUCUAUCAGCCACCCAAAGCCAUCCUGAAGCCAUUCUAAAGCAUUCAAGUGGCAGUGCUUUCCAUUGUUAGUGUUGAGCAUUGUUUUAUGUAUGCCUGGGGAGUAUUUUUAUUUUUAAAACAGCCUUAAUCAUUCCACUUUUAUUUAUGUGUAUACCUCAUUGACACCCAAGAAUUGAGGGUCUGGAUUUUUGUGUGUGUGAGGUUCCUUUUUUGUUUGUUUGUUUUUUUACUUUGUAUCCAACAUACUGCUUUCCUCUUUGCUUUGUACUGAGUUAGCAUAUGGGCUGUUGUCGGUAGAAGCAAUAGAGUGCAGAAGGCUAUCAAGAGCACAAUCUAGUGUUGAUGAGAUCAGGAAAGCUUGCCUCUGCCAUUCCUCCUUCCUACUACUGUGCAAUUCAAGUCCUUCUUAAGCCAUUACUAGUGGGCAUGCUCAGAUCGAUGGAGGAGCUACUUGGAGCAGAUUAUUGUCGAACCUGCUAGUACAGAGCUCUUAGCACUGUAACUUGUGCGAGAGCCAAAAGAAACCCCUGUGAAACAGCUCCUUUCUUUUGCUGUAAAGAAUUCCGCACGUGUACAGAUGCUCUGGUUCCCAUUUGUCUCUGUUGUCUGUUUCCUGCCCGUCUCUUGUCCACGCUGAGCAUGCUCAAGAACAACAAUUCAUUGGUGUGACCCAUAGGAGCUUCCAUUUACCAUGGGUAACAACAAAAUGAUUCUCAUGUCUAAUGUUCUAUGCAAUGAAAUAACAAAAAAAUUUAAAGAACAACUGUUAAUAUUUAAUAAGUUCAAUGUUAUGUAUAAGGAUUUAAUUGCAAAUGUGCUAUCAAGAAACUGGAUAGAUAUCUUUAUAUCAAACACCUGUGUGUAUGAAGUUUUCAAUUAGUGGCAUGCUUGACCCGUUCGAGGGACACUUUUGCCAAAGGGUAGCCAUAGAGCCGGUGACUGUCUCCGUCUGUUGUAGAGCAUGGCUUGCUACUUCUCUGCACGGUUUCAUCUACUUAGAGUGCUUGCCGUUCGUUGCUUGAGGUUAAUUUUUUUCUCUCCAGUUGGUUCAUUUUCUCUAUUGAAUGCCAUUAGCAGAUUUAUGCACUUGUUAUUGAAGGCCUAUCAGUGACACCAUUAUGUGUAAUUAUCCUGCCGAAUGUAACACCAGAUGUUCUCCUCUGUACUACAUUAACUCUCCUACCUUUGCUGCAUCCGUCCCUGCAGUAGCCAUUAGUGUACACUUCUAGGGGAUCCUAGGCAUUGUUUAGAUCUUAAGCCAAUUCAUCCUGUCCAAGAAAUUGAUCAAAGUCUUCUCUAGAUGUGAGAGCACCAAGCUAGGGAAGGUGCUACAAGUAUGGGAGUUACUAUCAAAUUGUGCAAGCACAAUUAAAACAGCUCUUGCAUAAGGAAGUGCAGAUAUGCAAUCAAAUUUGCUUUCCUAGAUUCAGAACCUGAGGAUGCAGUGAUGACAGCUGUUUCCACUAAAGCGUUAGUAAUUAAUAAAGAGCCCCUGAACCACAUCUUCUGAAACCUGGAGAGUGAGAGCUAGUGAAAGGUGUAAUUUAAGGUGAGGCAGAUUUCAAAAUAUGGAACAAUUAUUUCCAACAUGCCCGUACUGUUGGUGCAAUAAUGGCAUAACAACUUUUCCUGCACAACUAGACAGACAGUAGACCUCUCCAAAACUGGGGGGGGGGGGGGGAUCAGUGGACCUUUUUAACUCAGAGAAAGGUGAGGAAGAAAGUUUAAGAUCCUAACAUCUCUUGAAAGCAUAAGACUUUCCUUUCUUAUGAUUGAUGCACUUGACAAGGACAUUCCAUGUCCUGAAUGCUGCUGUCCACUUCAUAAUGGCAUGGGCUCAUCACGAAAGGCUACAAUGUAUAAGGGAGACUAUUUCUCAUAGACCAACCUGGCAUAUAUUAUAGAUUCUUGAGACACUUCUGCUCCUGCAGAGACUGAAAUGAAGGUCACUGAGUCAAAGAGAAGCUGGCUGGUCAGUCUGUAUAAGGCCAAUUUCACACAUCAUCACAUAGAAGUAAACCUGAGCACCAGUAGCACACUGAAUAUGGAUCAGCCUCCAGCUAGCACUCCUGUAUGAUACUGACACAAGCUUGCAGCUGUGUUGCAUACCCUCAGACUUUAUGUUUAAAAUAUAAGAAACCUGACAUGGCCCUUUGACAGCUGGUGGAAUCAAAUGAACUUUCCACAGUUAUUUGUCUGAACCUACAUUUUUAAUAAGCCUUGGUGUUAUGAAAGAAUAAGUUGAACAAUUAGCACUCAAAGUGAUACAACACGUCACCAAAAAGCACUACUUUGAAACUCUUCAGAAAGACAACAGCCUUCCACGGUCACCAACGGCUCAGGGCAAGAUCAUACUUUACAAUGCGUUUGGACAGCAAUGAUUAACAGCAAUUACCUACACUCCUGAUUACUCACAUUUGUGUCCACCAGGAGGUGUAAGGACAAAGCCUUAGAAAAAGCAGACAUCUUUUCACAUCAGGCACAUAUGCAUUGGCAGCAGGCAUCUGCCUGAGGAAGAGGCACAGUCAUGUCCACUUCUGUGUGAACUUGAGAAGGGCAACCAGGGCAGAUUGAAUUCCUAUGAACUAAGUGAACUUCAGGCAUUGUGAACCUGGCCUUUGGUUGCAUGUGCAAAAUUAGCACUUUCUGCCCCUGCUGGUCUGGUAGUCCGAGUGACCAUAAAGUUUGAAUACCUCUAAGCCUUAAGCUAAUACCUUCUAGAAGAGGUAAGAUUACAAAGUCGGGAGUUCUUGCUUUUGUGUGUAUGUAGAAUAGAAGCUGUUUUCUGAAGUAGCCAACCUAUUGGUUUUUGCUAGCACUUAUGAGAAACAAAGACAUUUCAUAAAGUAGUUGAUUAUGACCUUGAAAAUUCAGGGAAUAGAGAAAAGCAGGGAUAACAUGAGUUCUCUCUCAUAACUGGUAAUGCUCUUAAAAGCAUAAUCAAAACCUUGGAAUAUAAAGUCUGAGAGCAACAAGAGAAUCCAGAAAACAUCAUUUUAGAAACACUACUUGCAUUCUCUAUGGAUAAAUUAAUUGCAUGCUCACACUGCUCCCAGUUAAAGACUUGGUAUUACCAUCAAUAUUUAGGUUGCAUAGUCUUAGUUCACACAAGGCUUGUGGCCUUCAGCAGCUAAAGGCAUUAAUCUUUCAAAAAGGCACAAUGGAAAUUGUUCCCAAAAGAAGAGAAAGAAGACAGGAAAGGAAGUUAAUUACUCCCGAUAGAACUACAUCCCGUGUGAAAGGUUUGUGCAGCAGGCAUUGCUUCUUAGCUGUUGCCUCGGUUGGAUGGCAAGCUGGGCCAGAGAGACUCCCAUCUCCCUCAUGUUGCAUCCUGGAACAAGCCUUUGCUUCCAUCUUGAGCUGAAUGAGGCAUUUGGCAGUGGCAACUGCCGCUCUCUCACCACCCAGCUCCAUCCCAUCCUCAUCAGGACUCCCAGCAAUGACAAGUGCAUAAUCUGAGGGUGCUUCUUCAGGGCUCUAGGUUGACUUUGUGUCCCCUACAGGUUUUCUCAACAGUGGCUGCUACAAUCUCCUUCCAUCUGCACCCCCAUCCCUCCCAUUGUAAAUAUAUGUACAGUGUGUAAAAAAAGAAAUAAAAUAAAAAUUCUCAUGUGAAGAACAAAAAAAGUAAAAAGAAAACAAUCAAUUCACAGGUCCCUUUUGUGGGGCUCCAUCUUAAUGACCAGCACACCUGCCAACUCUUGCUUUUGUGUACAAAAAAGAAAAGAUCAACAAACAAAGCCUGGUGUUUGUGUCUGGCUCCUUUGGACUAUUCCUCUUCUUGCGAAGCAUAGCAGAGUCUUGUAAAGUUGUUGUGGCUGUCACAUGGCACAUACCUUCCAUGCCCUCCUCCUGCCUUCCAUGUAUCUUGAGUUCCCUACUCUUUUUUAUUUUGUUUUUUAAAUUAUUAUUAUUAUUAUUAUUAUUAUUAUUAUUAUUAUUAUUGUUGUUUUGGAGGUGGGAGAGGUUCUGUAUAACAAUCAAACAAAACAAACAACCCAUCCAACAAAAGAAGAAGUUUACAGUUGUAAGUGCAAUGACCUAAAUCCUUUAUCUGAACAUUGUAAAUGAUGUGUGUGUCCUGCUGUGCUCUGUGAGAACUUGUAGUAAUUUCAGUGUACCACCUCAUGUAUUGUGAUUCCGUAUGGCAAGUUGCCCUACAAAGUAUUUCUGUGGAAAACAGAAUAAAAGGACUUGAUAUGA